GUACGUCUUCCGACCUCAGCAAUUGCCUCUCCCAACUGGUUGCAGUUGUGGUAAGAUGUCCUUCCGAAGUUCCAGGAAAACGACCAAAAGCCGAAAGCACACGGGAUUCGCGCGACGCUUGGUUGCUCGACGCGCCCAUCGCUUGAAGGAUGUCCAAUCCUCCCCGACGUCCAGUUGUGGUCAAUCAGCACCCUCUCCUGGCGAUAAGAAGAGGGAGCUGGUGCUGGAUCGCCUGCGCUGGCGCCUGGUGGAGCGACGCGCCCAGGAGUUGGUGGUGCAGCUGCAGAAGCGCCACAAGGAGCGCUGGAUCCAACACGUGCUGCAAGGUGGCUUUCAUGCAGAUGAAGCGAUGCGGCGGAUUUGUGAGGCCUUUGGCCUUCGCCCAGAGUUGGAGCGUUGGGUCUUGCGCUUGGCGUUGCGAAAGGCAGAACAGUGGCCCCACAAGGCGUCCUUCCAAUCCUCGGCUUCUCCCAGUACCAGCGAAGACGAGGCGUUGCUCUUCCAUCGGUGCGAAGAGAUCGCAGGUGACAGAUCCUACUCCGAAGAUGAGGCCGAUGCAAGUGAUGAAGUCCACGACAUCGAGGACGCAACGGGACCAUCCAAGUUAUGGAGGGCAUCGUGGAGACUCCGAGUGCUGAACACUGUACAGAAGCUGGCGCCGCCACAAGUUUUGUCGAAGAAGGAAGUCCCUUCAGACACGGAGGAGGAGAAGCUGAGCCUUUCCCUCCGGGAGGCGAUGGAAAACGCCGAGAGAUAUGCUGCGGAAGCACGCAGUAUGGAGGUUCCAGAAGCAGAAAGCCCUUGUGAGCAAAAGGUUGAAACCCGCAUCAGUUUCACAGACUCAGAGAUUUGUUUCUUCACCAUCGACGACGAUGGAGACACUGAGUCAGGAGAGGAAUACACCCGGCAGUUGCAGACCAAGGUCUUUGACGGCCCCAGUGGCCACAAAGCUCGAAAGGCCAGCUACUGCUGGUGUGAUGAGGAUUCUGACUCCGAAAGUGAAGAGGAAGACUGGAAGGAUCAAUGUGACGAGAUGGCC